AUGUCUUCCCUUGACGCAAUCGUCAAGAAUGCCGAAGAUAUCGCGUUUCAAGAAGGCGAGGAGAUAAUAGAGGAAGUAAUCGAUGGAGGAGAAGUUUGGAUGGGCGAAAUAGGUGCAGAAGAUAGUGCUUAUUAUCAGGCGCACGAUUUAAUGGAGCAUCAAAUCGUCGAAUACGACGAUCCGGAUGCCUAUCAGUCGUUUUUGCCUGUUAGAGGCGGUGACCCGUUUUAUUCAAUGAAUUUGCCGGAUUUAAUGAGCAGAAUUCAUGAUAUUACUCAAGAAGACGGAUCUGUUGUUCGUCUAGUGUCGUGCUUUAAUCGAAAAUGUCAGAGACAAGUGGCUUUUAAGGGAUUUCUGUAUACUAUUAAAGAUUGGGUCUCCGAAACCGAAUGGAACACUUGGAAAUGCAUCAACGAUCAGUGCUUCGGCGAGCUCCGCACCGUUCCAGACUUCUCGAAUAUUGAAAUCGCGCGGGAACACGUGGAAUCCUGUCCAUCAGAUGAAACGCAAAUUGUCAUCAGACUCGGCGUCUACGAUGCACGUCUUCUGGCAGAAUUCACCGAGACGAGUCUUCCAGAACUCUAUGAAAAUGUUAAAGAAAAAGUGAAAGGAGAUUUUCCGGAAAUCGACAAAGAGCUAUUUCCAUCGUUUCUAGCGAUUAACGACACACUUAAAGAUCAUCGCCAUAAUCGAAUUUAUCGGAAACGAUUUGAGAUGCAAAAGUUCAAGGAUAAACAGAGGAAAUUGAAUAUGACAGCUGAUGAGGUGCUGUACGCGGAGAACGGGUGUGGAUUGAUCAAGGCGAGAAGGACCAAACCUUUUCCGUUGAUCGUCUCGAAACAAGAAACCGCCCGCAUCACCAUCGACUACUGCCUCGAACACCAACCCCACCCAUACGAUCCUCGCUACCAGCCCCGCGGCGCCCGCCCACCGCCCACUUCUUCAAUGUUCCAUCAACGAGAGUACAUCGACUACUACACCCCAGAAGUCUUCAUGAGAGAUCAAGAAGAUCGCAGAAUCCGGUCUCAGAAGAUUCAAGGAGAGCACGUCUCCAUAGUGAGCUCUGAAAAACGACCGAUUGAAGUCAAAACGUACUGUCCACCUGGCAGAAUUCGAGCCUCUUUUGGUACCCGAGCUCUGGCUCCGCCCCUAGCAGCACAGUUGGCCGCUGGAACCACUCAGCCAUUUGUCAACGCCUAUGAUGACGUGGAAUCUUCAUCGCCGAAGCGACAGGCCCCACCUAGAAAUGUGCUGUAUAACCGGCAAUCGAUAAGGAAUUAUAAGGAUGAGCAACCACCCGCUCCUGAGCCACGUGUCCAAGAAGAGGAUCCCAACCUCCCGCCCCCUAGAAUCUAUCUAACACAGAAGCCGUACACCAGAAUGACCGAGAGACAGAAUUUCAAAGACAUCUACACCUUCAACGCCAUCUGUAAAGUAGAAGACUCGUGUCUCUCGCUUCUGAAUCGUCUUCAAUCUUGCCAACACGCCCGUGUCGGCCUAGGAUAUAAGGAGAAAAUUCAGGCGAUUCUGAGGAAUACCAACUCGGACCCGGGUCUCAUCGAUGGAUCGACGGAGGAGGAGAUGCGGGAGUCGUGGGUGCUUCAGAAGCCGACGCGUGGGCGACCGAGGAAGCGACAGAAGAUGGAAGAGGAGGGAGAGGAGGAUGGAGAGGAUGAUGACGUGGAAAUCGAGGAGAGAAUCCGAGAGGAAGAGCAAGAGAUAGUAGUAGAGGAGAAGGAGAUUCAUGAGGAUACCAGGGUUGUUCAGCAAGAUGAGCUGAAGGAUAUUCCAUUACUCCCCGAACAUUCACAAACAACACAACCGUCUACGUCUGCAGCUUCAGAAGACGUGAUUCCGCAGGUUCAGAGAUCGGAGACGUUGGAAUCGACGUCAUCAACUGCAAGCCACGUGGCAUCGGAUGGAACGACGAGGAGUGGAAGAGCGCGGAAGACACCGUCGCGGCUCUUGGAGCAAUAA